AAAGACCAGCAGGUACCCCCACAGCACUGCUCCUCCAGAGGCGACACAGGUCAUGAUGAGAGCCCUGGGAGCUGUCGUUGCCCUCCUGCUCUGGGGACAGCUUUUGGCAGUAAACUCAGGCAAUGACGUCACGGAUACCGCAGACGACAGUUGCCCUAAGCCCCCUGAGGUUGCAAAUGGCUAUGUGGAGCACUCAGUUCGCUACCAGUGUAAGAAGUACUACAAACUGCGCACUGAAGGAGAUGGAGUGUACACCCUAAACAGUGAGAAGCAGUGGACAAAUAAGGCCGUUGGAGAGAAACUUCCUGAAUGUGAAGCAGUAUGCGGAAAGCCUAAGAACCCGGUGGACCAGGUGCAGCGCAUCCUGGGUGGAUCUCUGGAUGCCAAAGGCAGCUUUCCCUGGCAGGCUAAGAUGGUGUCUCGCCACAAUCUCAUCACAGGGGCCACACUGAUCAGCGAACAAUGGCUGUUGACCACGGCUAAAAAUCUCUUCCUGAAUCACACAGAAAAUGCAACAGCAAAAGACAUUGCCCCCACAUUAACACUCUAUGUGGGGAGAAAUCAGCUCGUGGAGAUUGAGAAGGUGGUUUUCUAUCCUAACUACUCCGAGGUAGAUAUUGGGCUCAUCAAACUCAAACAGAAGGUGCCUGUUAAUGAGAGGGUGAUGCCCAUCUGCUUGCCUUCAAAUGAUUAUGCAGAGGUGGGGCGUGUGGGUUAUGUGUCUGGCUGGGGGCGCAAUGCCAACUUCCAAUUUACUGAGCAUUUGAAGUAUGUCAUGCUGCCUGUGGCAGACCAGACCAAUUGUGUGAAGCACUAUGAAGGCAGUACAGUGCUCGAAAAGAAGACACCAAAGAGCCCUGUUGGGGUGCAGCCCAUACUGAAUGAACACACCUUCUGUGCCGGCAUGUCCAAGUAUCAGGAAGACACCUGCUAUGGGGAUGCUGGCAGUGCCUUUGCCAUUCACGACCUGGAGAAGGACACCUGGUAUGCAGCAGGAAUCCUGAGCUUUGAUAAGAGCUGUGCUGUGGCUGAGUAUGGUGUGUAUGUGAAAGUGUCCUCUAUCCUGGACUGGGUUCAGCAGACCAUAGCCGACAACUAAUGAGAGCCUGGCCAGACCCCCUUGGCUGAAAGCAAGGUUUUGCCCUGGAAUUGAGAAAAGUAGAUGGGAUAAGACAUGGUAUGAAGCUGAUGGGUACCAGCCCUGUGUUGCUGAGUCAAUUAAUAAAGAGCUUUGUUUGACUCAU